GCUCCAGCCAGCCAGCCAGCCAAUACCAGUCAAGCUUUGUAGCAUGACGUCACCUUUCGCAUGUAUUUGGAGAACUGUGUGAGAAAAACGCUCGCCGUAGAAGACGUAAUGAUCGCUCUUUUGUGACACACGAUGGAAAUUAAUCAAAUAAGAACUGAGACUGGCGACGUGAAAAUGUCGGCCAUGAGUAACGGUUACCCAGAAGAAGAAGAGGAGGACUUGGAAGGGAUGGUCUUCGCCAACUCCACUCACAACGACGAUGUGUUGACGUCCAUCCGAUCACUGCGGAAAAGCCAGAAGUUCUGUGAUGUCAAACUGGUUGUUGAUAACCAUGAGAUUUUUGCCCACCGGGCAGUCCUUGCUGCCAGCAGCGCCACCUUGUUCGAUCUGUUUUCCAAGGGAGACGACUCCAUCCAGACGAGCAGCAUGGUGAAGCUGAAAGAUGUGAAAUUCAGCGGAUUCAGCCACUUGUUAGACUAUAUGUACACAGGAAGAUUGACAGUUCCAGCGGAGGAUGUUCGAGAGGUCUACGCGAUGGCUCGACGCUUGAAAAUCGUGAGCGCCGUGGAUGCCUGUGCCGACUACCUGUCAUCGACCUUGACCCCUGUCAACUGUCUAGACGUACGUAUGUAUGCCGAAGACGAACAUUUCCGCGGCAGGAUCAACGAGUACAUCCAGGACAACAUUGGCGCUGUCACUAGCAACAAACGGUUCUUCGGGUUGCCUCGGAUACAGCUGGAGAUUAUUGGUACAGAUGAAUCCUUCUUCACAUACUGUAAUGAGAAGCAGUUGUUUGACCUUUCUCUUGACUGGGUCAAGGCCAGUGUGGAUGAGGUCAAACCAAAGUUUGAUCGCUUGAUAGAAAAGGUGAACCUCCUGUACCUGUGUGCCGACAACGUCCUCAGGGACUGCAAGGACAUUGACGAUGACAACCUCCGUCAGGAUAUGACGGUACAGGACUACAAGAAACUCAUGCGAAAACAGAGUGGUAUAGAUGAGUCCAGGAUUCCGUCCUCGUCCAAUGGGAAACAACAGCAUCCCUUCCACAAGUUCAAUAUUGAACCCGAAAUGCCGAAAAACAACCGCGAGUGGUCUGUUGUGGCUGGGCACAUGACGAAAGAGCACACGUUCCUGUGCAUGGUGAUGCUGGGCAGCCAGAUGGCCACUCUCUCCAUCCACUUCCGCAUGCCACAGUCCAGCCCCUACAGCAGCAGCUCCGAGGGGCCCGACUCCCCCAUCCACAGCAAGAGCAGGACCAACUCCUUCGAGCGCCUCGGACCCCUAGCAACGCUGGCCACCAUGACCACGCCCAGGUGUGCCUUCGGUAUCCGUGCAGUCAAGGGGAAGAUUGUGGCUUGUGGUGGGUACGAUCGUGGCGAGGUGAUGAAGUCGGCAGAAGUGUACGACCCCGAGACGAACACGUGGAGAAAACUGCCCCCCAUGAGACAGGAGCGGGGUAGAUUCACAGCGGCUCAUCUUGACGGCAAACUGUACGCCAUCGGUGGGUCGGACGGACACAAUGAACUCGCGGCUGUCGAGUGCUUCGACCCGGAGACUGAGAAGUGGAGCUCCGUGACUAGUGUUAAUCAGGCUCGAGCUUCGCCAGGUGUAGCUGUGCUGAAGGGAAAGAUCUACUGCGUCGGCGGUAGCUAUGGACAAAAAAGCCUGCGCAACUGUGAAGUGUAUGACCCAGCCACCAACACCUGGUCACGUAUUGCAUCACUCAAUUCAGGGCGGUUCCAGGCGUGUGUGAGAGCCUUCAAGAACCGGCUGUAUGCCGUGGGGGGCACCGAUGGAUGGAACGUCUUCAACACUGUGGAGGUGUAUAACCCGGACAAAGAUUUGUGGGAGUACGGCCCCUCCCUCAACGUGGCGCGGCGUGGAGCUGGCAUCGAGGCCUUUAGUGGGAAGCUGUACAUUGUUGGGGGGAGUGACGGGACACAGUCGCUCAAGACAACGGAGGCGUUUGAUCCCAAGGAACAACAGUGGACCUUCAACCCUGCCCUCAACACACCCCGAGCCAACGUCGGCGCCGCCAUCAUCGACAACAGGCUGUUUGCCGUUGGAGGAUUCAGUGGCAAGCACUUCCUUGACAACAUGGAAUACUUUGAUGUGGAACACCAUGAGUGGAGCAUCUUCGAACCCUUCUCACAGUCAAGGUCAAGGUCAAUGUCAAAUGCAAGUGACAGUUCGGGCAACAGUCUGUGUAAUGGCGCCAAUGGCACAAAUUGUGCAAUUGAGGACACUAAUGGCACCAACACAAAUGGUGCCAACACUAAUGGCGCCAAUGGUGCACCAAAAGACACUGUACAGCCACCACGUGCAACAGCUUCUGUCAAUGGUCAUUAGCUGUUAGCAAGGCCACAGGCUAUAGAUUUUGGGAGAAAAUGAAUAUUUUUGUGGACAUGAUAUUUCAUCUCUUUGACAUUUGUGGUAUAUUUUGUCAUAUGAACUAUAUUUGUUUAAAUGCCCAUUUUCUUUCUGACACACAUUGAUGAAGUCAGUUAUUGUGGAACCAUUGUUCAAGCCUACAUACUUAUUUGAAGAAUACAAGAAGUGGGAUAAGAUAGGUUUAGGUUGAAAAGUUAUUAUCUAUUAUCGACUUUUAACAAAUAGUUCCUCGACCUGUUCUACCCGUUCUGGGACCAUUGUGUGUUGUCAGAGCAACGUCCAUGUGACAGACUUGGAACUUACAAACUCGGUACAUUCAUCAUAUAGUUACUGACAGAACUUGGAUGUUAUUUAAACUUCAAGCCGAUGAGCAGGUCUAUAUAAUUGCUAAAAAAACCCUGGUUAAUCAAGAUAUUCCUAACUGCCUAAAUUUGGUGGUUUCAUCCGUUUAGUGCAUUAAGCCGUUCUGUAUGGCCUCUUGUUAAGCGGCUACUUUGAUUUUACCCUGUAUGUCCAAAGUCCACUGAAAUUUAUUAUAGAUGUAUGUUUACCUGUUAGACGUCCAUAUUUUAAGAAUAAAAUCAACUAUAGAUUGUAUCAAAAAUAAAUAUUAUUCACUUGCCUGUCAGUAGACUUAAAAGCGUUUGGCACAGACUGAGAAUUAGCAGGCUACAACUGAAACUCUAAUGAAAGAGAACUUAGCUCUGUUAUAAGACUUCAGUGUUGUUUAACUUUAUCUUUUCUUUGCAUGGUAACUGCUCAAAAGAAAUUAAGGUUAUUUUCAUAUUUAGCAAUGAAGAAGCAUUUAUGAAUUUCUGGCAUAUGGUUUUCAUGUUACUGUAGCUUGUGUGUAAAUGAACUCAUUUGUAAAUAUGUGUGCUGUGAAUCCAAGUUUAUUUUUUUCUGAACAAAUGUCUGUUUAAGACAAGAUAUCCUUUGUGAACUCAUCAUGAACUACCCAUCUCAUGAACUUUCAGUCAUCGGUUGCCAGGGAAACAUACAUUCGGUACUUCAGAUUCUACUGACAAAGAGAACUGGGAGAUCAUUCUUGUAUGGCCCUUUCGUGUUCUUCCCACGAGGUCAGAGGGCACAUGUGACCAUGUGGUCCGGUUGCUGCAGGAUCUGAGGAUUGAUGGUUCGAAUCUCAGAUUCGGCCAGAUGUUAUCUUUGGUCAGUCGGCAUCGAUUGCUUGUUUCACCAAACUGGAAAACAUCCUCAACUUGCGGCAUAUCCGUGCUCGUGAAUUUCACAGAAUUUGUACACAUCUUUAAGUUGCAUCAUAUUCGUGCUCGUGAAAUUCAGUAACUGCUACGCAUCUUCAAUAUGGUCAGUUUUUGGCUUUCCUCAUGAUUUGUUUCCUGAAAGGUUGAUGUAACCAUGGUAACUGUAUGUGUUCAAAACAGCAUUCAAUCAACCUCACCGCCGCAUGAGAUAAAAUUGUUUUGAUAACAGUGUUUCAAUUAAGUUCCCCUUAGGCACAGAGGAAUUAAGUCCAGUGUAUCUCAAUUUUAGGCGAUCAGGGCUUUAAUUUCUCAGUUUUUGGCCAUCAUGGCUUUAAUUUUUCAGUUGUAGGUGAUCAGGGCUUUAAUUUCUCAGUUUUUGGCAACCGGGCACUAAUUUCUGCAGUGUAGUGAUACUAGUCAUUGAUAAUCCUGUCUUAUUUGACUAUUUUAAUUUUGCUGAUAGGGUUUACAAGUGUUUAUUUCUGGCUUUAGACUUGGUAAGCUUUAGACUUGAAGACUUUCUCACCAAGGUGAAGGUCAGAUCUGUAGUGACCUGGAGAUCAGUAGCUUUAACUCACUGUGUCCGUGAGAUGGAGUUAUUUGUUACAUCAACUUUCACAAUAUUUUAGAAAGGUAAAUCUCGCUCAUAACAAGUAUAUUUUUCUAUUUUAAAUGUGUCCAAAUGAAUUUACUAGUUAAAAUGUUACAAACCAAAUGACUAUUUUUGUUGUAAAAGGAUGUUUAUAUGCGAGGUUUUCAUGAAAUGCUUUCGCGCCUUUUUUGUGUUCAAUCUCAUCAUUUUGCUAAGGAAUCAGUCGCACAAAGUACACACUAUUCAGUCAGUGUGUGAAAGGGAAUGUUGUAUUUCUGGGUGGAGAGAAAGUCAAAGUGAAAUAAAUGUCCUUUAAGAUGCAGUUUAUUUAUCAUCUCAUUGUUUUGUAAGUCUAAGCAGUGGGUCUGUCCCGAACCUGAUAUGGCAAGAGUGCUGCAACAGUCUCCCCAGCACAGUAAUACUAACUGUCACAUGUUGCCAUGAUGUGUUUUUAAUUCAUCGUCAUCCUAGUUCAAAGAAUCUUUUCUUCAACACUUCGUAAACCCGUCUGAGACUGCAUCUCUUCGGUUUUUCUCCCACAAGCUGACAUGCCAUGAUAUAACUGAAAUACUGUUCAAAGAAGCUCAUUUAAGUCAUAUCCCUUACUCUGAGGGGCGUGGGGUAGCCUAGUGGUUAACGCGUUUGCUCGUCACACCGAAGAUCCGGGUUCGAUUCCCCACAUGGGUACAAUGUGUGAAGCCCAUUUCUGGUGUCCCCCGUGGUAUUGCUGGAAUAUUGCUUAAAGCGGCGUCAAACCAUACUCGCUCAAAGAGGCAUUAAACCUAACUCACUCAACUUGUUCAGAGCCAAACAUUGCCAUUAGUCCAUAUACCAUUCAUCUCAACAUCCGUAUCACCAGACACAAAAUCAUAUCAACUUUGGGGAUUCAGACUGUCCUAUGCGUUGGGCUACACGGUGUCAUUGGUAAGGGAACAACUUUUUACUUAUUUUCUUAAGACGACAUCCAUUUUGACAUCCAUAUGAGAUAAACUUGUAAUUAAUUGACCCAAGAACAUAGUGCACCAGACCAUUUAUAUUCUCGAGUUCUGUACCGUUGGUUACAUUAAUAAUGUUUGUUAUUAUGUACAAAAACUCUCUGUGUGUACCUAAUUCGAUGAGCUUUAUUUUAUGUAUAUUGAAGAAAUUGUUAUUUAUAACAUGUGAUCUCAUGUAUCGUACAAUUUGGUUUGAAAAAUUGGUUUAAAAAAAAAAAAUAUCACCGAAUGUCAGCACAUUGUCUUCUCCACAUAAAAGGAUCGAUAUUCAAGAUUUUCAUAACAUGUUUGUAAGAAAUCAAAUUGUGCUGAGAAGAAACAUGAAAUAUAUGUAUCAUUCUCGAUUAUCCAGUGUAUCAUAUUGAAUCUAUUAUGAUAUAUUACGUAGACAGAUUCAAUACCUUGUCUUCGGAAGUGAUGUCACCAGCUUUCUUAUCACAAACUUUGCCAACCAAUAAGAACCAAUGAAAAUACCCUUCUGAACACGUUCAGCAUAUUUCUGAUUCAAAAUCAAAGAUUUAUCAAGUCAGAAGCCUGUUAUCAAGAUUAUUUAGCUAGAAAAUAUGUUUUGUCGAGAAAUAAGACGAGAGUCAAGUCACCAUGCCAUAAGACAUUUUGUUUUUUGUGACGGCACAUAAAAGUCGAGUACUGGAAAUAUCUGCAUGUUUAAUCAUGAACAGUAGGGUCAGUGGGGUAGCCUAGUGAUUAAAGCAUUCGCUCGUCAUGCCGAAGACCCGGGUUUAAUUCCCCACAUUGGUACAAUGUGUGCAGCCCAUUUCUGAUGUCCCCUGCCUUGAUAUUGCUGGAUUAUUACUAAAACCCAGGGGUAGAAACUAACAUUUUUAGUCCACUAGUCCUUAUAAUGAUAACAUAUAUCAAAAUCCUUAAAAAUGGCAAAUUUCUACUAGUCCUUAGGAUACCUUAACUAUUGGGAAGUUUGGCAAGGACUACAGGACUAGUGCCAAUUUCUAACGCUGAAAACCACACUCGCUAUUCAUGAACAUGAAUUUAUACAUAUUUUAAGCGCCGUGUCGUUCAAACCAGACCCCAAAAUGUACCCUUGUAUUUGUCAUGACAGAAAGGAGACGGGAUACACUGGACAGUGGAAGAUGGUGUUGUACAUAGAUCUGGAUGAAGUGAUGGCUAGAUUGUUGUGGAGAUGGUCACGAUUCUUUCAGCUAAUCUGAGUAGUCAGAAAUGAAUUGUACAUUCACAGAUCAAUUGUUCUAUUAUGGCAACCGAAUGGGAAUUGUCAUAGCACAAGGGAUUUCCUUGAAUGUUUUUGUGGAGUCUGUGGAUGUGCAAGUUGCUCUUUGAUUUGCCAUCAGCAGGGUACACAGUCUGGUAUAUUGCUUGGGUUGCGUUCAUGCAAUAAACAACUGGUCUGUGAUCAGUAAAUGUA